AAAUGAGUCAGUGUGAGCUGACAGAAACAGAAAGUACAACGCCUGAGAUACAAGAAGAAGAAUAUAUAUAUAUAUAUAAAAAAAAAAAAUACAUACAUACAUACAUGCUGUAUUUUUUUUUUAAUCAGAACUGUUUCAAAGGUGAUGUGCUUCCAAAGCGAGAGGCUGGAGUGAUGUAGAUGGUGACAAACGGAGUUUAUCUGCGGAAACGUUAUCUGCUUUGAGUUGAGAGCACAUGUUGAUGGGCUAAUGUGUGUUCCUCUCAGAGAGCACUUCAUUUUCAAGAACCAGAAACGCUGAAACUACAACUCUCAAGUGCGUCACCUGUGGAAGAUACAAUGUCAGGAGGCUAUUUCUGGAAUUUUCUCAAGGAUCUUUCAAAUAACCAGAUUUUGAGUAGCUAUUUUUGUGUUUCCUAAAUGCUGAGAGGUGACAACGUGUGCCAUCCCAAAUCUACAGUGCUAUGCCAAGCUGAAACUUUGCAGAGUUAGCCGGAGGACUCUCAAGUUAAUGAGAGGAAGAUGAAUGCUUGCAAUGAGAACCAAGAAAACUCAAUUAAAGAAUAUCAGCAUCAAAUCUACGCCGUCUUCUACACAGUGAUUCUCGUUCCUGGACUGAUCGGCAAUGUUCUCGCACUCUGGGUUUUUUACGCCUACAUAAAGGAGACAAAGAAGGCUGUGAUAUUCAUGAUCAACCUGGCCAUCGCUGAUCUGCUGCAGGUGCUGUCACUACCUUUGCGCAUUUACUACUAUUUGAACAAUUCCUGGCCUUUCGGAGAUGCCGCCUGCCUGCUCUGUUUCUAUCUGAAAUACGUCAAUAUGUACGCCAGCAUCUACUUCCUGGCCUGCAUCAGUCUGAGACGCUGUCGACUCAUUAUCCAGCCGUUGCGCUGCGGCGCCACGAAGAGACGGAGGGAGCGUGGCUUGUGUUUAAUUGGGUGGUUCAUCGUGUGUCUGGGAUGCCUUCCCUUCCCUCUUCUGCGAAAACCCAACACCAACACCAACUCAACCCAACCCACACACUGCUUCGCCGAGCUGCCCAUGACGCCGCUCAGCAAAGUGCUAGGAGUGUCCCUGGUGACAUUUGCGGAGACAGUGGGUUUUCUGCUGCCGCUGGUCAUUGUGGUCACCUGUGCGUGGCUGACCGCGGCGAGUCUGCGGCAGAAGACCUGCGUGCUGCAGGACACUGGAGAAAAGCACAAGGCACUCAAGAUGGUGCUGAGCUGUGCUGGUGUGUUCCUGGUGUGUUUCGUGCCCUAUCACAUCACCUUCCCUUUAGACUUCUUGGCCAAAUCAAACUGCAACGUUAGCUCUGCUUUUAAGAACGCCGUGCUCCACGUUCAUCCGGUCACCUUGUGUCUAGCGAGUCUGAACUGCUGUCUGGACCCAGUCAUGUACUACUUCACUACUAAUGAGUUCAAGCGGCGUCUGUCCAGGCCAGAAUUUCUAGAAAGCUUGCCGUUACAGCAGAGAACUUCUGUCUCCACAAAUGCUACAGUCUUAAACCAGACAGAUUAAUCUCAGUGACGUUGUUCUAAGCCACAAGAAAUAACUUUCUGUGUGUACAACUGAUGUACUCUGAACAUUUUUCUUGAGAAAUACAUGAGAUCUUCAUUCUGCUAUUGAAGAUCCAGGAAUGGGCAAAAAGGCAUUUAUUUAACCCCAAAACAGGAAUAUCGUGAAAUAUUUUUAUAUUUCAUUUAUUUCAAAUUUUCCACUAAAAUAUAUAUUUUAAGAUGUAAUUUAUUUCUGUGUUGCGCAGCUGUAUUUUCAGCAUCAUUACUCCAGUAUUCA